CACCGCGCCGCAAGUUGCGUAAAUUAAAUAAUUAUUUCGAAUUGUGUCUGUUUGCAGUUAUAAACAAACGAAAAUUUUAUAUAUUUAAUGUUCUAAUCCGUUAGCCGCGCGAUCGUAAGUUCAGAAUCACAGUGUUUCGGCGAUAGCACAUUAGCCACUCUGCUAAGAUGAAGUAAUUAGUUGACUGUCGCAAUUUUUUCGAGAAAACCCCAACAGGAACAAGCGACUUGCAGAAUGGAUAUGUUGAUCAUUCUGGGUGUGGUGGUCCUCAUCUACGGACUUUUGUUAUUUUUCGAUAAUUUUUUUAAGAGCUGUAUGCAUUACCCCUACGAAGUGUUUCUAAGAAAAACUGGCCUAUCGGUAAAGCUGUUCCGGCUGCAAUGGCACACAACGGCUCUAAAUCGGUCUAUCGUAAAGUGGAGUACGGCCUAUCCAAAGCUAUUGGAUCUAAACUUUAGCUUGGGAGUUUACGUUUCUAUUCUGCUUAUGCCCGUGGCAUCCUGUUUGUUGAUUGCUACCGCUUUUCAUACCAACGCUGCAGGAAAAACCAGCGCGGAAGCCGGAUCCGGAAAGCAAGCGGUUUCGCUUGAACUACUUUUCCCUGGUGUUAACCUACCGUUCAACGAAAUCGGGUACUACCUAGCGGCACUGGCCAUUAACAGCAUCGUGCACGAGCUGGGUCAUGGUUUAGCGGCCGUUUUGGAAGACGUACCCAUCAAGGGUUUUGGUUUUCAUGUUAUGUUCAUUGUUCCACUGGCCUACACGCAGCUCGAUUCCGAUCAACUGAAUGCGGUUAAAAUGUGGAACCGGCUAAAGGUACUCUGUGCCGGCAUCUGGCACAAUCUGCUACUGGCGGGCUUCACUUAUCUUCUGUUCGUGGCUACGCCGGUUAUGCUUUCAGGUCUCUAUCGGGUCAACGAAUCGGUGAUGGUAACAGAUAUAUCGAAUAAUUCACCGCUGCUUGGCUCAAAAGGCUUGGAAGAAGGCGACAUCAUCACAUCAAUCAACAGUUGUGAGGUACGCAGUGAAUCGUUGUGGUAUGGCUGCCUGCUGGAAACCCUCCAAUCUCAGCCUUCCUACUGUAUAUCACCGGAUUUCGUGCAUUUAAAUGAUGAAUCUGUCCCGAUAUCGCACAAGAACGACGGCCUCAUAGAAUGCUGCAAUGCCGAAAACAAGGCAGCAAGUUGCUUCGAGUAUAUAGUGGACGUGAACGAGGAAGAUGUUGCUCUGCCACAGCACAUGUGUCUCAGUAUCCGCAAGGUAAUCGAGAACUCUUUCGGCUACUGUCAGCACAAGCCGACCUGCUCGGAGGGGCAUUGUUUCAAACCGAUGAUUAACAAUUUCACAACGAUCAUGCAAAUCCGAAGAGAGGCCAAACCGGACGUAAUCUAUAUAGGCCAUCCGGCUGAUCUCACUCGAACGGUUCGAAUUUCGCAGUUCGUUCCAAAGACAUCCUUCUUUCGGCCGGGAUUAGCUGACUUUCUGCAACUGUUGCUCAAGUAUGUGGUUGUUUUUUCGAUAGGACUAGCCAUCAUCAACGUUCUUCCCUGUUUCGGUGUCGAUGGGCAGCACAUUGUCAGCACGUUGCUGUCCAACGGUGCCGUCGUUAGCCGGGUGCCACACAAGAGCAAACGUGAAAUGAUUGCACUGUGCAUCAACAUCGUUGGAACAUUGCUUGUGUUUAUCCUGGUGACGAAAGUAUUCUGGCAGAUGAUCUUCAGCGCCUUGUGGUAAAUGAAAUGAAAACCCCUUUCCGGUUGACAUUGUUAUGUAAGGAAUCGAACGUGAAUUUAUGUAAAUUAUUAAAUAUGAAUUACACUAGUAUGUAGAGUAAAAGCAAAUUAUAGUCAAUAGUUUCUAAGAUAGGGAGAUCAUACAGUGAUAAAACGAUUAUGAUAGCAAUAGUGUUAGUCAUCGGUAGAUGAUAAAGAUUCAAUCAUUCAAUUGUGCAUCUCUAUUACUGUAGUAAUUGUACUGAAAAAGGUGUAGCUAAUUAAAA